UCGCGACUAUUCCCAAAGCACGCGGUAGCCUUCCCCGCCAUGUGUCUUCGCUCAUUUGAGUGACAGCUUCCCCGAAAUUUCUAGAGCACGAGUCGAAUAAGUUUCAGUUUCAGUCCUGGCAAUGACGCAGUGCUGCCUCUAGCGUCAAUAGCUCGACCUCCCUAGACCCAGUACCGACAUAUACUCUCUAGCUCCUGUGUUUCCGCUCUGCUUUCAACCAAGAUCGUCGCACCCCAAAUGAUAAACUAGGGGGGGGCAAUCAUAAAGAAUCCUUGAUAGAGACAUUGGAAGACCCCUAAACCAGAAACCCCGUCUCUGGCGCUGUUGUCGCGGCUAGCUAUAGCAUGAACUGUUCCUUGCCUAAAGUGACAGACUUCCGUUAUCCCCUCACUUAGCGAGACCAAGGCAAACCCCAGGCCAAUACCUGCUUUCAAAGAGGGAAGGAUUGAUAUCGCUCAUAAUCUAGGGCUGGCAAUACCGUAAUUUACACAUAUUAAGCCCUUCAAGCCGAAGGCUCGUCGUUAGCCAUGAGGAGGAAUAGGGCCUCCCACUCUCCGCCUUCGUCCUAUAGGGCGUUGGCUCACCAUCCGGCUAAUGGCCUGCCUGCCGAUUCCGUGUCCUUGAUUAGGUCAUUUAAUAGCGAGACAAAUCCGACCCGCCCGAUACGCCCAUCCCCACUAGCCGCUUCCACUAUCCCUGAUAUGCCGCUUGAUCUACUCGAUCGCAUGAGAUCUUUCCCGCUCUUCAUGUCAGCCCCCGAGGAAUUCUUGGUAGCUAUAGGCAAGCAUUUAAGACCACAGGUACACUCCGCCCACGACCAUAUCUUAACCGAAGGCGAUGAAGCAAAGGCUAUGUACUGGCUUGUUCGGGGGGUCGUUGGUGUAACCUCAAGGGACGGCGAGGCUGUAUAUGCUGAGCUUAAGCCGGGUGCCUUCUUUGGUGAGAUCGGGGUUCUCAUGGACAUGCCCCGAACUGCCACCAUUGUUGCGCGCACGAAAUGUCUCCUGCUCGUGCUCAAGAAAGAGGACCUCCAAUUGGAGUUACCCAAGUUCCCGGAUAUGGAGAAGGCGAUUCGAGAGGAAGCCCAUGAACGUCUCAAUAUUCUCAACCAGAAGCGUCGGGAGAGCGGGCAAAGUCUCAAAAUUUCCAAACAUGGGUUGGCAGCAGCACGAGAAGUUGUUCCUGGUGAAGUAUCGACGGGGGAAAUUGGUGUUAUCAAAGAAAGGUCCACAGUAAACACCAAGAAGAGGAAAUCGCCGAGCCCAGGCUCGGUCGAAGAUCCGGCCGUAGGCAGCGCCCUGGGAAGUGGUCUUGUUCACGUGAGACAAACGCUUAGAGAGCUUCCCCUGUUUUCAACACUACCACCCGAUAUUCUGCAUUUUCUCGGCAUGAGCGCACAACCUAAAACCUACCCGCCCUUUACCGACAUAAUCCGCCAAGGGACAGCUGGCAACGAGAUAUUCUUCAUUGUACGCGGCGAGGCCGAGGUGAUUCAUGAGCCACCCGAAGGGCAACCGCAAAAGAGGAUCACGCGUUCUGUUAUAAGGCCACGUCUAAAACAGGGACAAUAUUUUGGAGAGGUUGUUAACAUGGGUCUUUCGCUUCGACGUACAGCUACUGUACGAUCUAUCACAGCCGUCGAGUGUCUCAUGAUCAAUGGCGAAGCUCUGGAGGAGUUGUGGAGACGCUGUUCACCAGAUAUAAGAAAACAGGUUGAAGACACGGCCAAGACUCGAAUUAAGUCAAAAGAUGAGGACGUUGAGAUGGCAGACGUAGAUCUAGUGGAAAGUGAUACAUCAGCGCCGUCAACGCCGACGACGCGCCCCACGCCCCAGGUCAUAUUCACCACACCCUCAAAGCCCGCUUCACCGGUCAUGGACGAAUCAGACCAAAUGGGACCCAAAGAUCCAGAUCCCUACCUGAGUGUUGAUAUGGAAAAUCUAAGAAACCGCCGACGAGGUUCUCUCGCUCCACCCACACCCCCGCUGACUGAAUCGCCUGGAUCUCCUACCAAUGGCUCACGCUUGCGCAAGAUUGACACCUCUCUUGCGGUCAAAUUUCCGGUCGUGUCUAUUUCUCCAGAUUCGGAGGUCCCUAAAAAGAAGACGAAGAUACUGUCCAGUCGAACACUUCCUACCCAGGAGCCUCUCCUCCCUGACGACAUCCUAGUGAUGAUAUUUCAAUUUCUCGACGUUGCAGAGCUCAUUCGUUUAAGACUACUCUCCUCUCACAUGCGCAAGCUUCUCACCACCUCACCAAAAAUAUGCACUCACGUCAACCUUUCAUUAUACAACCGCAGGGUGACAAACGAAGCGCUCAUUAACGUAAUUGCACCAUUUCUCGGACCACGACCAAUCGAAAUAGACAUUAGCAACUGCUUCCACAUUACCGAUGAAGGCUUUCAGGCGUUAUGGAGGGUCUGCGGCAGAAAUAUUAAGAUCUGGAAGAUGAAGUCUGUUUGGGAUGUCUCGGCCAACCAGAUCCUAGAUAUGAGCGAGAAUGCCAAGGGUCUAGAGGAAGUCGACUGGAGCAAUUGUCGCAAGGUCGGCGAUAACCUACUCGCUCGUGUAGUGGGGUGGGUGAUCCCCGAGAGUGCCCCUUCUAACCCAAAGCAAGUCGUGAUAUCGAGCUCAGCCGCAACCGCUGCGCGUCUCAGAGCUCAGCAGAAGCCGCAUACGCAGACCAUAGUCCUGCCACCUCCUGGUACCGUCGUGGGUUGCCCGAAGCUUAGACGCCUUAAUCUAUCAUACUGCAAGCAUAUAACCGACCGUUCCAUGGCGCACAUGGCGGCCCACGCAUCGAACCGACUAGAGUCUCUAUCCCUUACGCGCUGCACAUCCAUCACCGAUGCCGGCUUUCAGAGCUGGGCGCCCUUCCGAUUCACUAAUCUAACACGCCUGUGUCUUGCCGACUGCACGUACCUGUCAGACAAUGCCAUCGUGGCGCUUGUCCAUGCCGCCAAAUGGCUCACCCAUCUCGACCUAUCAUUCUGCUGCGCGCUGUCAGACACCGCUACCGAAGUGGUGGCUCUGGGCCUACCCCAGCUACGCGAGCUGAAGAUGGCGUUCUGCGGUAGCGCGGUCAGCGAUAAUAGCCUGGCGUGCAUCGCCCUACACCUAAACGACCUCGAACGCAUCAGCGUCCGCGGCUGCGUGCGUGUCGAGGCUAGCGGCAUCGAGAGCGUCCUCGAGGGCUGCGGGAACCUGGUCUGGGCCGACGUGAGCCAGUGCCGCAACUUGGAGGGUUGGAUUAGGAACGGUGGAGUGACGCGCUGGGGUUAUGAUGAGAGGGUUUUUAAUGAUGAUGAUGAUGAUGACGCCUCCGUCGAUAGUGGGCCGACCAGCCAAUAUUGUUCUUCGCCCAUAGCCGUGGGUGUGGUGUCCCCCCCGCCAAGCAGUAGUCGGCGAAGCAGUGUUCGAAGCGACCGUGCUAGGGCUGGGGUUGCGUUUGUUGUCGAGAAGGGCGCUGGAGGAUUACGCUGAAAGGUUGGGAAUCUUGGGAGAACUAGAAAUCGAAUGCACUUUCAAACAACCAGAGAGAACUGACAAGCCUUAACUACAAUAUGGACUGGGCAGUAUUCAAGUUCAACUCAUUGGGAAACGACAGCCAUUCUAGGUAACCUACCAUGAUUUACCCCUCGUCAUGUCAUAUGCAUGGGUUUCAAAUACAUACAUGUUGGAGUUGGCGUUGGAGUCUA